AUGCGUUCUGCUUCGCUCAUAACCUCUUCCCUCGUGUGUUCCGCCAUGACGUCCGUCGACCGCGCCAACUACGUCCCAACACCAUCGCGCGCCUACCAAGACUCGCCGCAACCCAUUGGAUACGGAGCGACGAUCAGUGCGCCUCACAUGCACGCGCAUGCGGCCGAAAACUUGUUGCCCUUUCUGCAGCCUGGAAGCAAGGUAUUGGAUGUCGGCAGUGGCAGCGGUUACACGCUCGCCAUCUUCCACCACAUGGUCAAGCCCAGUGGCAAAGUAGUCGGGGUGGAUCAUAUCCAGGAGCUUGUCGACAAAGCGAAUGCCAACCUCCGAAAAGACGGGUUGGGAGAAGCGUUGGAGGGAGGCAGCGUAUUCAAUGUGUGCGGCGAUGGAAGGAAAGGCUGGGAGAGCGAAGCGCCAUUCGAUGCUAUUCACGUAGGCGCCGCGGCACCAGGCAUCCCUCAGCCGUUGAUCGACCAGCUCAAGGCACCCGGACGAAUGUUCAUCCCCGUCGAAGAACAGGACGGCAGUGGCGAACAGAACAUCUGGCAGGUGGACAAGGCGCCAGAUGGCUCAGUCAGCAAGGAGAAGAUUUGCGGGGUCAUGUACGUCCCCUUGACGGACCGAGAGCGUCAGUGGAGGACGUAG